ACAGAUGGAGGAAGUGUUGUGUGACUGUUAGCUAGCUAUGGUUUGAGUUACAAUGUGGCGCUAACUAGUUUCAAAUAAAGCUUUACGGAUAUGUUUAGGGAUGCUUGAGGUUGUUACGAAGGACUGUGCUGUAACUUAGCGUCUCUAUUUAGUCGAGCCUUUUUUCUUUUCCGGCUUUUAAAAAAAAAAUGCCCAUUCUCGCCUAUUGUACAAUCUGCUCGGACAUCUUUGAUCACGCCAGAGAUGUGGCUGCCAUUCACUGCGGACACACUUUUCACUACGAAUGUCUUCUUCAGUGGUUUCAGACCGCUCCUACCAAAACCUGUCCUCAGUGCAGGAAACAGGUCAGCACCAGACACAUCAUCAACAAACUGUUCUUUGACAUUGGAGGAGAGGGGGAGGAAGGGUCUGCAGACCCAGAGAGCCUGCAGAAUGAGAUUGAUCGAAUGAAGGCACUGCUAAGCUCUAAAGAUCGAGACUGGCGGGAGAAACAGAAGGAAAUGGACGACUUGAAGGACACGGUGAACAAGCAGAGGAGAGACCUGGACGCCAUGCGGAAAGAGGUCAUGGAAAAGGAGAUGCUCUGCGUCGCUCUCAAAAAGCAGAUGGUUUAUUUGGAGACGCAGCAGAACGAAAUUCAGGCGGCGAAGGAGGAGGUCCGCAGACUGAGGGGCAAAAUGAAAACCUUUGAGGGCCUGAAUGUGCUGCUGCAGGGUCAGCGAGGCGAAGUGGAGUCCAUGAUCACAGAUAUGGGUGUGAGCCAGGCAGCAGUGGAGCAGCUCUCCAUCUACUGCAUCUCUCUGAAGAAAGAAUAUGAUAACCUCACAGGAAGACUCAAGUCUUCAAACGACAUGUGCGAGAAGCUGAAGAGAGAAGUUCUCUCCUCAGACAGCAAGCUGCAGAAGGCUUCCCGGGAGGCGCUUCAGCUCAAAGAGGAGUUGAAGUCUCUGCAGAAAGACCUGGUCGGCGCCGACAAGGAGAUCUCUAGUCUCAAGAAGAAAGUGGAGUUUCUCCAGAAGACUCUGAGCACGCCGACACGCACCAACGAAGCCCUCAGCAGGCUCGUCUUCGAAAGCCCGGCGCCUCUGGAACUGAAGCCCCCCCGCCUCCACCAGCCGGCGCACGGCGACGACAUCGACCUCAACAUGACCUAUGACAUCGCCACGCCCGACGUCGCGUCAAAGAGACCGGCCCAGGUUCCCUCGAAGAAGAUGCGGCUGGAGCGACCUGGAACGUCUUCGUCGAAAUACGGAGAGAAACUUUCCUCUCUGAGCAAGAAUGAAGAUUCAACGCUUGAUCCUUUUUUGAGGAACUCCCUUCUGUUCAGAAAGAAGAUUCUUAGAAGCAUGUUGGACCCUCAGAAGAAGGCUGGAGUCGUCCAAACUGGCUACGAUGGAUUAGGAGGACGGACUAAAUUCAUCCAACCUUCUCCUUUAUCCGAGAUCCGGCCUCUGCUGAAAGCCAAAAGGAAAAAAGUAACUCGGCCUCCCUCUACGAUUCCAACAUGUCCGACUCUGGACAGCUUCCUGGAAUGAAGUCGGGACGUUUGGGGGAGAAACAAAUCAGUGGUGCUGCUGUGGCUUAGGAGGGGGCCCACAGCAGGUGGACCAGAAGGAGGGACGGGUCAAGCGGCAGAACUUUGUAAUUACUUCUUUAUUAAAAGUCAGGAGAACGCACUUCAGAAAACAACAAAUGGUGCCUUUAUUUUUUAACAUCAACAUGUCUGAUGUAUAGUCUUUUUUUGUUGUGUGUUAUAAAUUUGUUU